UAAAAUGUGAGAUUUACAGAGGAAAUCAGAAGACAGAGCGAGCGCGUGUGUGUAUGUCUGCAUGUGUGUGUGUGUGUGAGAGAGAAAGUGGCUAUCCCCUGUAUCUUUUGCGGGUGAUCUCCAUUCUGUGCUCUGCAGCCUGAAAAUGAAGAAGUUCAACAUCAGGAAGGUGCUGGACGGCUUGAAAGAGGUGUCCUCCUCCACCCCGUCUGUCCAAGUGGGGCCACAGGAGAACCAUCUGAUCCAGGAGACCCUCCAGUCCGAGCAUUUCCAGCUCUGCAAGACUGUCCGUCAUGGCUUUCCCUAUCAGCCGUCAUCUAUGGCGUUUGACCCUGUGCAGAAGAUACUGGCCAUCGGCACCCAGAGUGGAGCUCUCAGAUUGUUUGGUCGUCCAGGUGUGGAGUGUUACUGUCAGCACGAGAGCGGAUCUGCCGUCAUCCAGCUACAGUUCCUCAUCAACGAGGGAGCGCUGGUGAGCGCUCUGGCUGAUGACAGUGUCCACCUGUGGAACCUGAGGCAGAAGAGACCCGCCAUCCUACACUCCCUCAAGUUCAACAGAGAGAGAAUAACUUUCUGCCACCUGCCCUUCCAGAGUAAAUGGUUGUACAUCGGCACGGAACGAGGGAACAUCCACAUCGUCAACGUGGAGUCCUUUAUGCUCUCAGGCUACGUCAUCAUGUGGAACAAAGCCAUUGAACUGUCCUCCAAGGCUCACCCAGGACCCGUUGUCCAUAUAAGUGACAACCCAAUGGACGAGGGAAAGCUUAUAAUUGGAUUUGAGUCUGGGAUCGUGGUCCUGUGGGAUCUGAAAUCAAAGAAGGCCGACUAUCGCUACACUUACGAUGAGGCGAUCCACUCAGUUGCCUGGCAUCACGAGGGCAAGCAGUUCAUUUGCAGUCACUCAGAUGGAACUCUGACCAUAUGGAACAUCAGAGGACAGGGCAAGCCCAUACAGACAAUCACCCCACACGGAAAACAGCCCAAGGACGGGAAGAAGCCAGAGCCUUGUAAACCCAUUCUCAAAGUGGAGUACAAAACCACUAGAAAUGGGGAACCCUUCAUAAUCCUGUCUGGUGGCCUGUCCUACGACACGGUGGGCCGGCGGCCUUGUCUGACGGUAAUGCAUGGGAAGAGUACCGCUGUGCUGGAGAUGGACUAUCCCAUAGUAGAUUUCCUCACACUCUGUGAGACACCAUACCCUAAUGAUUUUCAGGAACCUUACGCUGUGGUGGUCCUUCUGGAGAAGGAUUUAGUGGUGAUCGACCUUGCACAAAAUGGUUACCCCAUAUUUGAGAACCCCUAUCCUCUGACUAUCCACGAGUCUCCCGUGACCUGCUGCGAGUACUUUGCCGACUGCCCUGUGGACCUCAUACCUGCACUUUACUCUGUUGGCUCGCGGCAGAAACGACAGGGCUACAGCAAAAAGGAAUGGCCUAUUAGUGGUGGAAACUGGGGUCAAGGCACACAAAGCUACCCAGAGAUCAUCAUCACUGGGCAUGCUGAUGGAACUGUGAAGUUCUGGGAUGCCUCUGCAAUAAUGCUCCAGGUGCUCUAUAAGCUCAAAACAGCCAAGGUAUUUGACAGAAACCGGUCCAAGGAAGACAAGGGCAGCACGGACGUGUCAGAUGAAGACCCCUUUGCCAUUCAGAUUAUGGCUUGGUGCCCUGAGAGCCGGAUGCUGUGUGUGGCUGGGGUGUCAGCCAACGUUAUCAUCUACCGCUUCAGCAAGCUGGAAGUAACUACUGAGGUGGUACAGCUACUAGAGGUGCGAAUGCAGUACGAGCUGAACGACAUAGAGUCUCCAGAUGGCGGGGGUGGAGGGGGGGAACAGACAUCGGCGCAUCCAACACCCGGUGCCUCCCCUCAGACAAGCGGCCCACCUUCACACCCCUCCACCAGCAGCAACAACUCUGACGGAGGCAACAUUCCCUGCCUCAAAGUGCGCAGUACUCCUCUGAAGCAGUCUGCAGGAUACCAGGUAGAUUUGGUGGUCCAGUUAGUGUGGGUGAGUGGAGAGCCUCCACAGCAGAUCACAAGUCUGGCGCUCAAUUCCUCCUACGGCUUAGUGGUGUUUGGCAACAGUAAUGGUCUGGCAGUGGUGGACUACAUCCAGAAGACAGUAGUACUUAACUUGGGGACGGUCGAGCUUUACGGCUCCAAUGACCCCUACCAGAGACAGCCCCGGUCGCCAAGAAAGACACGACAGCCGUCUGGAGGUAAUGGUCUAUGCGACAUCAACGAGGGUUCAGCCACAUCAGAGGACCGCUGCAAGUCCCCUACUUCAGUGUUGACGUCAAACAGCAAUCUACAGCAAUUCUACAAUGGAGGUGGUAGAGGAGCAAAGAUGUCACGGAAAUUAAGCUUGCCUACUGAGCUAAAGCCAGACUUGGUCCUCCUGUCUGUAUGCCCGCCGCGGGGUGCCAACCCAUUAGACCACCGGGACAAUUCUUUCAGCCGCUCUCGCUCCUCCAGCGUCACCAGCAUCGACAAGGAAGCCAGAGAGGCCAUCAGUUCCUUUCAUUUCUGUGAGACCUAUGCCCGGAAGGGGGACAGCACUUUGACACCCUGCUUGUAUGUGGGCACCUCCCUGGGAACUGUGCUCGUUCUGGCUCUCACAUUGCCUCCUGCUGGGGAGCAACGGCAGCUGCAGCCGGUUAUCAUUUCACCUACGGGCAUGUUGGUACGGCUGAAGGGCAGUAUCUUGCGGAUGGCGGUCCUGGACUCCACAGGGUCCCAGCUUCCCCCUGCGUAUGAGCCUUGGUAUGAACCUAACGUGACAGCAGAUGGUGAAGAAAGAGAGAAGGUCCGUAAGCGCCGGCCCGUCUCCGUAUCCCCUUCCACCUCCCAGGACCUCAACGAGAACCAGUACGCCGUGGUGUGUUCAGAGAAACAGGCCAAAGUCAUUUCCCUCCCCUCCCAGACCUGCAUCUAUAAACACAGCAUCACAGAGACCUCCUUCAUCUUACGGGCAGAUGUGGUGCAGAUGAGCCAAGGCGUGUGUGUGGCUUGUUUCUGUGCCAACGGCCACAUCAUGACCCUCAGUUUGCCGGGACUGAGACCUCUCAUGGAUGUAAACUACCUGCCUUUGACAGACAUGCGGAUAGCCAGGACAUUUUGUUUCACCAACCUAGGUCAGGCAAUGUACCUUUGCUCCCCCACUGAGGUCCAGAGGAUCACUUACAGCCAGGACACCUGUGAAAACCUGCAAGAGAUGCUGGGUGAACUUUUUACACCAGUGGAGACCCCAGAGGCACCCAACAGAGGGUUCUUCAAAGGUCUCUUUGGGGGAGGAGCACAGUCACUGGACAGAGAGGAGCUAUUUGGCGAGUUAGCAGCUGGAAAGGCAUCUCGAAGCCUGGCCCAGCACAUCCCAGGCCCGGGUGGCAUCGAGGGCAUGAAGGGGGCAGCCUCUGGUGUGGUUGGAGAUCUGGCACGUGCCCGAAUAGCACUGGAUGAAAGAGGCCAGAAACUGGGCGAGCUGGAGGAGAGGACAGCUGCCAUGAUGGCCAGCGCAGAUUCCUUUUCCAAACACGCGCAUGAGAUGAUGCUGAAGUGCAAAGACAAAAAAUGGUACCAGUUCUGAUCAGUGCCGGGGGAGGAGCAGAGCUCCAUGGACAAGGCUUUCACGUUCCAUUGGCUCAUUUUGGACUCACCGUGACCGACCCCCAACUUAUCCACCUGUCCAUUCAUCCAUUCCUCCAAGCCUUCUUCACUGAGACACUUGGGAUUUUCUUCCCUAGCACAAUGUUGAAUACUGUACUUACCUCAGUCUUAAGGUGGAACUGAGGGGUAGACAGGGGAGAAGGACAACCUCAGAGGGAGCAAAUAAAUGGUGUCUUUUUUUUAUGUUCUUGUCUUUGUUUGUUUAUCUCUGUUCGGCCUCUCCUCCGAGGUAGCCAACUGGCCCACGCACCUGGAGAUUCUUCAUUCUCAUUUGCCAAAAAGGUCCUUUACUGUUUUCUCCACUCGGAGCCCAUUGUGGGCAGUAUUCAAAUCGAUGAACACAGCUGAAAAAAGACAAAUACCCGAUGAAGAAACACAGACUAGAAAAAAUUCUUAAAAUGUAAAAAGAAGGAAAAAGAAUCUAAAUACAUCAUUAUAUAUACAUAAAUCUAAUAAAUGUGCAACGCUGUAUCCACUUCCAAGUGACAAGUACAAAAGAAAGGGAUAACUCAUUGAGGAGACAGAAGCAGGGUGGGAGGCCGAAGGAGGCAGCGUUGGAGAUCCACAGGAAGUGCUGCGACGCCUCCUCUAUGCAGAGAGUCACAGGGAUAAAAACAGCUUAUUCUGAUGUACACUGGAUAUCUUGUCAUCUCACUCAACCUCUAGACUCUCCUCGGUAUCUUACAGACUUUCAUAUCGUUACCAACAGUGUGUGUGUGUGUGUGCGUGUGUUAAUUUCUAUUUUCUUGCCAUCCCUCUAUUUGUUAUUUGUUGGGUUUUUUGCUCCGUCUGUAUUAUUGGAAAAUCUCUUAUUUUUCUAUUGUUGUGAAAGUGGAUGAUAUUUGAUUUGUUGAAAAAAUAUGUUUUGUGGCUUUUGUCUAACAACUCAAAUUAAUUUCUCCUUAUGAAAAGGGCUGGAAUCUAAAAGGAGGGCAAGGAUAUAAAAGGCAUAUAUUGUUUAGUACUCACUCACAAGGCAAACACGUAUGACCUGCUCACAUUUAUUGUGUACCUGAGGAUUUCAAAUUAUUUACUCAUCUGAUGUCAUGUUAACGGCCUCCCUCGCCCUCUAAUGUCAUAAGCUUCCGCAGUUUGGCUUAGUCUGUGAGUGCGAGUGUACAAAUGCUGGUGAGAUCAGUAUUAAAUACACUAAUAGUCUAGCCAGAUUUGUUGGAUUCCAAAUUCUGGACUACACCGCAGUAUGGAGAUUACAUACACAUGAGUAGAAACCCUACUUAUGUGUAUUCAUAUAUGCAGGAUAACAGAAACACGGAUGUGUAAUCCUUUAAAAGUAUACGUUUUGAAACAUAUUUCAGAUGUCUUUUGCUGACAGUUGUCUAUAUGAGAAAGUUGUCUGUGUGAUUCCUUUGUUAAUAUUUAUUUAUUGAGGUGCAAGAGACAGUUGUGUUUGGUGUCAGAAACUUUCACCCUCAUUAAUAUCUUGUUUCUAUUUCCAUGUUUGCAGUAAAGCUCAAAUGUGGUGUAUCUCUCUGUCUACCAGGCUUUUAACCUUUAUUUGUAUAUAAGUAAAUAGUUUGACAAUCUAAGACCAACAGGAAAGUAAAUGUCAAGGUUGCUCAAGCAACAUAAGAGGAGAGAGGCCAUAUUUUUUCUGACGCCAAAGAGUUGCUUUAGCUUUUCCAUUGCAUUAUCAUUUGGCUCGGCACCCCAUGAGUCUUGACACCGGAUGUUAUACAUUAAUAUGUGUAAUUCUGCAUGGCUUCACUCAUGGAGUGCAGACCCUAUUUAGGAAUAUUAUCAUCCUCAUCACCUUUCAGGGUUCAAGAAAUGGAGCAAGUUGCAAUGGAACUCAGCCAUUUAUAAUAAUAUUAUAUCAUAAUAUGUCAUAAAAUGUAACAUUUGGACAAAUGUUUAAUGUUUAAAGUGGCCUAACUGUUGGUUGAUAAGGCUAUUUCCCUAAAACAAAAACCUGAACCAUUCCACUACAGCUCAGACACAACAAUAUUUAUGGUAUUCAUCUGUGUGUGUGUGUGUGUGUGUGUGUGUGUGUGUGUGUGUGUGUGUGUGAAUGGUGUGUUUGUACUUAUUUCUGUCUGUCUGUCUGUGUGUUAGGAUGUGUUCAUGUAAAUUAAGUGAUAUAAUUUAAGAGAUUAUGUUUUGGUUGUUUAAUAAUUGAUGGUGAUGUCCUAGUCUCUCAUCAGUCAGCAGUCUGUGUCCAGUUGAGUGUCUGUUACACUAACUAAAGCCAACAAUGAUGAUAAAAAAGAUAAUAGCAUAGUCAGCAUUAGAGGAUGACCUCUGAAUUCUGGUUUAAUUUAACUGCGGCAUGUUCAGUCUCAUGCGCUCAUGCUUCAACUCUCCUUCAUUUUUCAGUUUUAGCCUUUGUCCUCUGACGUCUCUCUUCCUCCAGGCUGACUCCAUUGGCUCCACAGCUACAGAUCUGGCCUUCUGUGUUUAGUAAGCGUUGUAGUGUGGAUGUUGGUAGGUAGCUCUGUCUUUUACCCCAUGGCGAAGAAGAGUUAAAAAAAAAAGUAAUUCAGGAAAAAUAGCUAGGCUUAUCUAGAGGUCAUCCCUGAAAACCUGUUCAGUGUCUUUCCCUCCAAGCCAACUCUUAUGUGUGUUUUCUUAUUUUAUCUGUUUUUUUUUUCAAUGUUAAAUUUGUUUUUUCAUCUUUGAGUGAUUUGUUUGUCCAUACACUACAGUAUACAGUAUUCUAUUCUACCCAACACAAUCCCCACACUUAAACAACGAAAAGAGGGAGUCCUGUCGAUCUGCCAUAUGCCAUCUUCUGUCCUGGAUUCAACAGUUAUCAGUGGGUUGCAGUAUUUUUCUCAUUGUAGCCAAUUUUCUUGUACAGUUUUAUGCAACUUUCACAUGGAUGUUUAUGACUUUAUC